AUGUAUUCUAAUAUUUUUAAUUUUUCCAGAUGUGGCUUUGCAGGAGAAACAGGACCCAGAUGUGUCAUACCUAGUGAAAUAAAGAAACCUGGUGUUUCAAAGCCUAUCAGAGUUGUUCAAUAUAACAUCAAUACAGAAGAAUUGUAUUCAUACCUGAAGGAAUUCAUUCACAUGCUUUAUUUCAGGCAUUUGCUGGUAAACCCCCGAGACCGUCGGGUUGUGAUCGUGGAAUCUGUAUUGUGCCCUUCUCAUUUCAGAGAGACGCUCACAAAAGUUCUAUUCAAGUAUUUUGAGGUUCCUUCAGUGUUGUUUGCACCAAGUCAUCUGAUGUCUCUUCUAACACUUGGAAUUAAUUCUGCAAUGGUUUUAGAUUGUGGUUAUACGGAAAGUCUGGUGUUACCUAUUUAUGAAGGAAUUCCUGUACUCAGUUGCUGGGGUGCUCUUCCUUUGGGAGGAAAAGCCAUUCACAAAGAACUGGAGUACCAAUUGCUGGAGCAAAGUACAGUAGAUACAGGAGCCAUCAAAGGACAAAGCCUUACCUCAGUGAUGGGUUCUGUUCCAGAAGACAUUGUAGAAGACAUAAAGGUUCGCACUUGUUUUGUGAGUGACCUCCAGCGGGGACUGAAAAUUCAGGCAGCAAAGUUUGAUAUGGAUGACAGCGCUGAGCGUCCAACUCCACCGCCAGAUGUAGACUAUCCACUGGAUGGAGAGAAGAUUUUGCAUAUCAAUGGAUCAAUCAGAGAUUCUGUUGUCGAAGUACUCUUUGUGCAGGACAAUGAAGAAAAAUCUGUGGCUACUUUAAUAUUGGACUCUCUUAUGGAGUGCCCAAUAGAUACUAGGAAGCAACUGGCAGAAAACUUGAUAGUAAUUGGGGGUACAGCUAUGUUACCAGGAUUCCUGCACAGAUUAAUGGCUGAAAUACGGUACCUGGUGGAGAAGCCAAAGUACAAGGAGAUCCUGGCCUCAAAGACCUUCCGAGUGCACACGCCACCAGCCAAGCCAAACUGUGUGGCAUGGUUAGGAGGAGGCAUUUUUGGAGCCCUUCAGGACAUUCUUGGCAGUCGUUCAGUCUCAAAGGAAUAUUACAACCAGACAGGACGUAUCCCCGAUUGGUGCUGCCUCAAUAACCCUCCUUUGGAAAUGAUGUUUGAUGUGGGAAAAACACCUCCACCGUUGAUGAAAAGGGCUUUUUCCACAGAGAAAUAACAGUUUUGUUCACACUGUGGCAUUGCCUUUUUCCUCCUCUACCUGAAGUUGGACUGUUAUGGAGCUCAGUGUAAUUCGUUGGAUAAAUCUGCAAGCUAAAUUCUGGGGCACUGGCCACAAUUUUGGCUGAUUAUGUUCCUUUCUGUCAGUUACAUUGGCUUAUGAUGAUGCCCCAGUGAUGUUUGUUUACAUACACAAGUAAUAUCAACAUAAGUGCUCAAGCCUUCACUGUUAUUUAAAGUAUAUACUGUAGAUACCUUUUUUUAAAGCUCGCUUGGCAUCUGAUGCUGCACGUACGAGUUCUGCCACCAAAUGUAAUUCUGUAUUUAAUUUGAAAUCUGUUGCCGGUUAAAAUAUGUUUAAAAUGUCCAUAACAGUUCGAGGAUUUUCUUGGAAAUUUAGUGAACGAUCCUGACCUUUGCUUUUGUUAAGGUAAGGGAAUGGCAAAUAGGGGUCUUCUUGAUAUUAUCCACACCAAGUAUAAAUUAGAACAGGGGUCUCCAACCUUGGCAACUUUAAGACUUGUGGACUUCAACUCCCAGAAUCCCUCAGCCAGCAAAGCUUGGAGACCCCUGAAUUAGAACAUUAGGAGAGCCACAAUUAUUGUAAUUCACAGUCAUUAGGAGAGCCAUUAGCAUCCCUCAGUGUUGGCUGGGGCUUCUGAGAAUAAAUGUUCACUGACUUCUGGAUUGGCUUCUUCCCUGUUCCUGAAAAAAGAGAGAGGAAGCUAUCCCUUAUGAAAAGCCAAACAUUAUAUAAUCUUUUACUUACAAUGAAGCCAGAGUGCUUAAAAUUAUUUAAUCAAUCAAUACUAACUGUCUACUCUGUUGCUUUUAUUUUAAUUUCAGCUGCUUUAAUUUAUUUUACUUAAAAACAUUAUUUCCCUCUCUUUAAUCCAGUGAUUUUUACAGCAUCUUGCAAACAUAAACGUUGAGGAAAAUCCCUCAUUUUCAGAAAUCUCCACCUCCCUUUUUAUCCUACUUGGAACUAGAACCAUCGAUGGCUUUGGUUAUGUUGAUUUUCCUAUGAAAGAACAAGUCACCUAACACAUUUCAUUAUGAUAUUCUCAUGUAGAAAUGAUAUGGCCUGUCAAAUUUAAAAAAAUAUUAAAGUGUCCCAAAUCAACGUGUCUGUGAAACAUGGUUGUAUCUCUGCUUUCACUGUAGAGUUCUAGGCCAGAAUCGUUUCUCUCAUUAUUUCCCUCUGGUUCUUCUAUCCUUUCUUUUUUUUUCUUGGUGGGGUCAAGCUGAAUAA